AUGUGGUGGUUGCUUCUCACCAGCCACAGCCCCUUCCCGUGUGGUAUCCAGUGUAUGGUGGUUGCUCGUUACCAGCCACAGCCCCCUCCCAUCGUGAUAACCAGGCACAGCGGCGUCAACCAGCUGGGCGGCGUGUUCGUGGGCGGGCGGCCGCUGCCGGACUCGACGCGCCAGAAGAUCGUCGAGCUGGCGCACUCGGGGGCGCGGCCCUGCGACAUCUCGCGCAUCCUGCAGGUCUCCAACGGCUGCGUCUCCAAGAUCCUCGGCAGGUACUACGAGACGGGGUCGAUCCGGCCGCGCGCCAUCGGCGGCUCGAAGCCGCGGGUCGCCACGGCCGAGGUGGUCAGCAAGAUCUCGCAGUACAAGCGCGAGUGCCCGUCCAUCUUCGCCUGGGAGAUCCGCGACCGGCUGCUGCAGGAGGGCGUCUGCUCCAACGACAACAUCCCCAGCGUUUCGUCCAUAAACCGCGUGCUGCGUAACCUGGCCUCGCAGAAGGAGCAGCAGCAGCAACAGCAGCAGCAGCCGCCGCCGCCCCCACAGGACGCCGUCUACGACAAGCUGCGAGUCCUCAACGGCCAGCCUGCCUGGCCGCGGCCGUCGCCCUCCCCCUGGUACCCAGCCGGGGGGUCGCCGUUCGCGCCCCUGCAGCCCAGCCCGGGGUGCGCCGUGCUGGCCGAUCCGGACCUCGACCUCCACACCAAGAAGGGGUCGGAGCUGGACGGCACGGGCGACGAGACGGCCUCCGGGGACAACAGCAACGCGGGCUCGAGCGCCGGCGGCGCCGACGAGGACCAGGCGCGCCUGCGGCUCAAGCGCAAGCUGCAGCGCAACAGGACGUCCUUCACCAACGAGCAGAUCGACUCACUCGAGAAAGAGUUCGAGCGCACGCACUACCCGGAUGUGUUUGCGAGGGAGCGACUGGCCGCCAAGAUCGGCCUACCGGAAGCGAGGAUACAGGUGUGGUUCUCGAACCGGCGGGCCAAGUGGCGGCGCGAGGAGAAGCUGCGCAGCCAGCGGCGCUCCGCGGAGCCGGUGGCCGUGGCGUCGGCGUCGGCGUCGGCGUCGCCCACGUCGCGCCUGCUGGCCGGCGCCGCCUUCCCCACGGUAGUGAGUGUCGGACACGUUCUCCUGGAGUACGGGGUGGUUCUCAGCACAGGGCAGCCGCACGUGGCGUUUAGCAGGGACUUGGACAGUAGCUGCGGCUGUUGCAGCCCCAUGGCGGCCAUGCCGACGUUCGGCAUGUCGCCGCCGCCGCAGGGCCCUCCGCCCCCGCAGGGCGGCGCGCCCGCCCCCGCGUGCGUGCUGCAGGCGCGCGGGCCCGCCCCCGCGCCCGCCCCCGCGCCCGCCGGCCACGGCUACGAGGCGCUGUCGCUGGGCUACGGCGCGCGGCCGCCCGCCUGCAGCCCGGCGCAGCCGCCGGCGCCGGCGCCCGCCCCCGGGGGCGGCUACCAGGCGUCGCCCGCCGCCGCCGCCGCCUGCGCCGCCGCCGCGGCCGCCGCCGCCGCCGCGCUCAACGGCCACGGCCAGUACGGAGAGUCGCCGCCGCCGCCCGCCACCAGCAUGUCCAUGACGGUCGGCGUCGGCGUGGGCGUGGGAGCGCACUCCGCCUCCAAGGCGCCGCCGUGCUACGACUACACCGGCCUCAUCUCGCCCGGGGUGUCGGUGCCCAUCGCGGUCCCCGGGCCGGGCCAGCAGGCGGACGUGGCGGCGCAGUACUGGCCGCGCCUGCAGUGA